CGGUUUAGUCAGACUGUGACCGACUGGAAGUGUUUUCCUGCAGGAGCUGCAGGCUGGGCCGCCAUGAGUUCAGUGGGAGCGGGCUCGUCCAUGCAGGUCCAUGCAGUCCGCUUCGGCCCGGGUCAGGAGCUGCUGGCAGGCCUGCAGGCCUUCGUGGACCAGAGGCGACUCCGGGCGCCGUUCAUCAUCACCUGCGUGGGCAGCCUCACCAAGGCCACGCUGCGGCUGGCCAAUGCCACGGCCACCAACACCAAUGAGGUGAUGCACCUCAACGGGCGGUUUGAGAUCGUCUCCCUGGUGGGAACGCUCAACCCCGAAGCCCACCUCCACAUCAGCUUGUCGGAUGGAGAGGGGAAGACGCUGGGCGGUCACGUGCUGGGAGACCUGGAGAUCUUCACCACGGCCGAAGUGGUCAUCGGCGAGGCGCUCGACCUUCAGUUCGUCAGAGAAAUGGACGAGAAGACUGGUUUCCCUGAGCUGGUCGUCCGGACGCGGUCAGAUUAAUCAGUCCAGAAUCCUUUUAGAGCUGCUCACACGUCGCCUAUAUUGAUAAGGUCUUUAAUUAUUGAAUUUCAUUCCUUGUAUUCAUGCCCUGUACUGUUUUUAUUUCAAACAAAACAAAUGAAAUAAACAGUGAAAGUGGCUUUCUAAUAAUAAAAACAGGUCUACUUUCUCCCCUGCUUGAUGAUUCCGAUAGUGCAGUUAAUUAAAAGUAACACAGACUUAUAGUUCAUUGAACCAUCAUGAGGUCUUAGAAAGUUUGAAACUGUAGAUGUCUGACAAUUUCAAAAAGGUCUAUGAUGAAAUGUUGAAUUUGAAUAAAAACAAAGUAAAAUACAGUAAUAAUGGUAUUUUUUUUUAUUUACGAGGCGAAUCUGGAUUCAGAUGGAUCAGUACUCAUGUUCUUCUUAUAUACAAAUUCGUUUUAUAAUCUUAUUGUUAGUCAUUUUGUACUUCAG